CGGUGUAUCAGAAUCAUGGGAGUGUAUUUCUCCAGAAUUCGUUUGGGCUCAAGGAGGAGGGAACACGGCCCAUUCACCACACACUGAACCUAGAGUGCACUAAUGGGAUCUAACGGAGAAGACGUUUCUCAACAACAAUGGCGAAUCACAGCGGCACAGUGGAGAUUCCACGCGAACACGACCGCAUCUCAACGGCGGCUUGGCGUUCGCAUCCAUCAACGUCGCCGUCCCUCGGUGGCUUCAUCUUCUUCAACGAUCCAAUGGAGACGCGAUCGGAGCGCAAUCCGGAGAGCGAAUCUUGAUCGUCGCCAUCGAAUCUCCUUCACUUUGAUUUCAGUCAUCAUUCUCCGCGAAUUGGAACCGCAAGAUCCUGCUAUGAACCGUGGCUAUUGCAUUUCCCAGUGUACCGAGAAGAAGACGCGAAUCUCGCACUCGAGAGAUACGAAAACAAUCGAAGGAGAUGAUGGAAAAAUGACUUACGGACAGUGUGGCUUUCCGACGAUAACAGAUUGGAAGCGGUUGAAGGUGGUUCGGUGAACGGAGAUUGGUUACGGUUGAAGGUGGUUCGGUGAACGGAGAUUGGUUACGGUUACGGAUUCACAAUGUUUGAAGAAUUGAGGUUGAAGAAGAAUCUCGGUUGGGAAGAGGAGGUUGAAGUGGAGUUUGUUACUGUUUCGUUUUUUUGGUGCAGGAUCGAGAGCUUGUGAUGAAGUUUUUUUUUUUGAAGAUGAUCCAGUGUGAAGAAUGUCAUGGAGGUUGUGGAGUUGAAGAGUGGUGAAUUGAAGAUGGAGUGAAGUUAGAAAAGGCUCGUUGGUUAGUUGUUGAAGAAGUGGUUAUGUUAGUUUUUUCUUAGUUUGUUAGAUAGUUCCGAAUUUUCUGUUAUGGAUCGUGAGUUUUUCUGUAAAAAAAAUUAUGCAGGAAUUCAAUGUUAUGCAGGUUAUAUCUAGUUGUAAUGCAGAAUUUUGGUUUAUGUGGUUUAUGUAAAUGCAGAAUUUUGUUUAUGAAUGCAGAAUUUUGUUAUAUUGUAAAUGCAGAAUUUUUGUUUA